GACAGGACAAGGAGGGGGAAGUUAAAGAUAUACCUGGCAGCCAGGGAAAGAGGAAGACAAUAUUACAGGGGGAGGAACAUUGAGAGGGAGGGAGGAGCCCUUGGUCCAAGGCUUCUGACCUGGUGUCUUUGAGCUCCACCUCGGCUGAGGGAAGAAAAUCUCACUGAGGAUUUACUGUUAGGACCUUCAGACUGAACUCUGAGCCCUCGUAACUUUUCUCCUUUGGGAUUCAGUUUACUGGAAUAUUCAUUCAGAGACUCACAGACCUUACUAUCUACUGGAGACCUUCCUCCUGAACAAGAGAUUUUCAAGUGUGUAAAUAAUAUGAGGAAGCCUUUGAAUGGGAUGGAUCCCGGAAUCAGACUGCAAGGCUUCCAUUGUGUCUAGACGGGGUAGCAGCAUGCAAACAAAUCGGUGAACGGUCAAACCCCCGCCCUCGUAGCCACCAGCAUCACCAACCCAGCUUGAGGGGGGAUUCCAGACACUACCGCUCUGCCCGAUAACCUGCGCCAAACACCAUGGAUUUUCUGCUACCCAUAAGGAGUCAAGACAGGAUGGCGUCCUCCAGCUCUGAGCCUCUUUUGGGCACUCACAGUAGGUGUUCAAGGCACCAAUACCAUUGUGUCAAAAGAAAGAUGCGGCCUGGACGGAUUCUGGGCUUCUUCAUCAGUAUGGUGGCGGUCUGCACCUUCUGUUCAUGGAGUGCCUUCUCGCUGGUCACAACUGUGGCAAAAGAGCUGGAAUCUUCCGCUGAGGGCUCAGGAGAGGCGGCAGUGCCCCAAAGAACUCUUCUGCAGUACCAUAACAUCUCAGCCGCACCAGAGGACACACCGGUUGCCAUGCAAUCAUCUGAAAUAGAGAUGAAUCAUGGGGACUACCCAACAGACUUAUUCAGCGUGGAGGACAGACGUCAGGGCUAUGUGGUUUUUCAUAUGUUCGGCAUGUUCUACAUGUUCAUAUCCUUAGCCAUUGUCUGCGAUGAGUUCUUUGUUCCGGCGCUCACUGUCAUCACAGAGAAGUUGCAGAUCUCUGAUGAUGUAGCAGGAGCCACCUUCAUGGCGGCGGGUGGCUCAGCCCCAGAGCUCUUCACAUCGGUCAUAGGAGUCUUCGUCUCCCACAGUAACGUGGGUAUCGGUACCAUUGUGGGCUCUGCCGUGUUUAACAUCCUGUUUGUGAUCGGGAUGUGCGCCCUGUUCUCCAAAGAAGUGCUGAACCUCACCUGGUGGCCUCUGUUCAGAGAUGUAUCGUUCUAUAUUGUUGGUUUGCUCAUGCUCAUCUAUUUCUUUCUGGAUAAUCAAAUCACGAUUGGGGAAAGUAUCGGCCUGCUAUCCUGCUACACGUGCUACGUGACAUUCAUGAAGUUUAAUGCCAAAGUAGAACUUGUCAUCAAGGGCCUCCUUGGCAGCAACCAGGUGAAGGAGCUGGAGACUACACCAAAGGUAACCGAAUCUGGAGAUGAUGAGAACAAGCUGACGGCCAAACCGAGGCUGCAGAGGGAAGGCAGCUGUGCCUCACUGCACAACACACUGAUGAGAAACAGCAUCUUCCAGCUCAUGAUACACACCCUCGACCCUCUCAGUGACGAAGGUAUGGGACGUUUCAAAGAGAAGGCAUCAAUCCUCAACAAAAUGGCCAAGCAGAAGUGUAAAGAAGAAGCUGCCAGUGCCAAUGGUAUAGGAGCCGUCUCCCAGACACAACCUCCAAGAAAAGCAAAUUCUGCUAAAAACAUCCCCAACAGUUCAAAUGUCGCCGUGGAAGUCACACCACCCAUGAACGGUGUUGUAGGAGGAGACGGGGGUGGUGAGGAAGAGGAGGAUGAAGACCAGCCUCUGAGCCUGGCAUGGCCCGAAACAAACAGGAAACGGCUCACCUACCUCUGCAUCUUACCUAUCAUCCUUCCGCUGUGGCUCACCCUGCCCGACGUCAGAAGAGAGACCUCAGCAAAGUUCUUCCCCAUCACUUUCCUCGGCUCUAUUACUUGGAUUGCUAUCUUCUCCUACCUGAUGGUGUGGUGGGCUCACCAGGUUGGAGAAACAUUCUAUAUCACAGAGGAGAUAAUGGGUCUGACCAUAUUAGCAGCUGGCACUUCAAUCCCUGACCUGAUCACCAGUGUGAUUGUAGCACGAAAAGGCCUCGGUGACAUGGCCGUGUCCAGCUCUGUGGGCUCCAACAUCUUUGAUAUCACUGUGGGUCUGCCGUUCCCCUGGCUCGUCUUUAACAUCAUCCACGAUUUCCAGCCGGUACAUGUGAGCAGCAACGGCCUGUUCUGCGCCAUUGUCCUCCUUUUCCUCAUGCUUCUCUUCGUCAUUAUCUCCAUCGCUGCUUGCCAUUGGAGAAUGAGUAAGUUUCUGGGCUUUCUCAUGUUCCUGCUCUACUUCGUCUUCCUCAUCACCAGCGUCAUGCUGGAGGACAAAAUCAUCAGCUGUCCCGUCACCAUCUGAGAGAAAGCGACUUCCACUGGAUGUCAGAAAGCAGACAUUGAGCACAGAUGUCCUCAUGUGUACCAUGAUUUACUAUAGGAGUGGCAAAAAAUGCUCGCACAGACACAAACCGUUUCUUAUCUGUCUCACUUACAUACACAGUAGAAGACACACAGACAGACACACAAGUAUCAACACCCUCAAGUAAAAGGUAAAGAAAACACACAUAAACAUACACACACACACACAUUUACAUAAAUAUACAUAUACACAAGUUGUGGAUGCCAGUUAGCGGCAGGCAGAGGCACUGACUUAAAUAAAUGCUGCAUAUUAAGACCAGUGCAUCACAGCUGUUCAGCAGUGGCAUACCAGCCUGCAAGCGAUUAACAGACUAUAUGCCACCCGAUAGGAGGGACUCCUCUUUCUUCGUACCACAUGACUACAUUCAGUAGCCACUUUUGGUUGAAAACUGAUGGACAAGUUAUGUGAACGGGAUGGAAAUUUUGAUUGAAGAUCCCCAGAGAUUGUUGUUUUUUCAACUGAAGGACCGUGUGGCAGUAUAAGAAGUAUCUCCACUACGCCACGUUCAGCAUAUAAACUGAGUAUGGAAGCUUAAAGAGACUUUAUUUUUUGUUUUAAAGGGCAGCAGGGAAGAAAAUAAGAGAGGGCUGGGGCAAUACAUAUAAGUGAUAGCUGCUUAAUAAACCUUUAGAUGUUUACUGUGUUGAUUCCACCUCCUUUAUGGCUUUGCAAUGUCAUUGAAAGAAACAUAUCCAGUGUUAAUUACUUGUGUGUCUUCAAAUACAGGAUAUUUGACGACAUAUUUGACAUAAAUGGUUAUUUUACAUCUCAUUCAUGAAUAUCUAUAAUAGGAUACAUAAAUUGCUAAAUAGUAACAACUGAGCAUGUAAGGGAUAAUGUAGAACAAGCGGAUCCUUAUCCCGCCUUUCACAUGGCUACCUACUAAAGAAAUCAAUGAUUUGACGUAAAAUAUUUAUUUAAUAAUGAUUUUAUUGAUUUUAAAAUGGUCCUCUGUGAUCAAAACUACAUCAAUAGCAGUGGCCUGGUAUUAAAAGAAGUAGAAUGCUUAAAUUGACCAAUUGGAAUUGAUAACGUAAUUCAACAAAGCCGUGUGAAAAAAAACAGAUAGAAUGGACUGAAGGUGUUGUCAUGCUCGAUAUGACCCAACUAUUUUGUCUGGGUUUUUCAUAUAAAAAGCUUUUGACUUUUUCUGUUCUGUCUGCCUUUACAUGCACCACUUUAGAGAGAGAUCACUUCAGUAUCCAAUUUGAUGAUUUUGUAAAUGAUGCAGUCUGGACAACAAGUGGUGGACUAAGGAUUAGUGUUCUCCAUUGUAUUUUACUUGAUAAACUCAAAAGUGUUUUUUUCUUCAAUCAUGUAUUAAUAUUUACGUGUAUAAGAUUAACAGGUAUCACCCGGUUUCUUCUGUAAUGUUUUGAUGUAAAACAACUCAUGUACUGUAUAAUGUAUUGCGCCGCUGUGUUCACAUACGACUUUCUUGUGUUCAGUGUGUGACAUAGAGGCUGAAAUAUUAGUAACAAGUUAUCAUAAGAAACAUCAGGUAGGCCCAUAAUACCAUUGUAAAACACAACAUGGACUCACAAAGAUUCAGAUGUUGACAUUUAUAUACUUGGGUAAUUUAGUUUUUCUCUAAUCCAUCUCUAUUAGACUUACAGUGAGCAAAAGGCGUGUAACUUAACUUCACAGGGGUUCUGCUGUAGUAAGACAUUGAUAAUAGAUAUCUUUCCAUACAAAUGUGUGUGUUUCCGUCAAAUAAUCUAAUGCAAAUAAUCUGAAAAGGUUGCAAAAAAGAAGAAACAAAGAGAUAACACAAUAAAGAAGUGGCUGUAACUCAAAGAAUCUGUUUCCAUUCAUGUUAUUGCAUUUUCUCUCUGUGUUUUGCGAAAUUCAAUUUCAUUUUCUUUUUUUCUUUCAAUAAACAAAGUCAAACUGUCCUUAAAAGAGGCAGAAAGAAACAUACUCACUGAUGUGAGGCAGAUUUUCUUGUGAAACAUUCAAGGCCUCACUGGCUCAACGUCAUCCAUCUUGUCUUCUUCAGUUGAACCACCUGUUGCAUGCUGAACUGCAUGACUGCCCUCAUGCAAGCAACAACAUUUGUCAUUUAUUUACUUUAUGUUGUCUGCUUUCUAUGUCAAAAAUGUAAAGCACAACUGAACAUGGGCAAUAUUUUAUAUUUUCUUUACCCGGCAAUGUUCAAAAUGCUACAUCAGUCUUAAAGAAAUGCUCAAUAAAGUUACUGUAGACUC